CCAGGAGCAGCUCACUGCAGUGGUGACAAGCGAGUGUUUUCACCACUACCGGGCGCCCUCACUUUUUCUCUCAUUCAUUGACAGAGACAUAUACUGUGAGUAAAUUUGUGAUUUCAUUGGGACUUAAGUUGCAUCUAAUUGAAUACACUUAAACCACAAUUAUAGUUACCAACCUGUACAAUUUAUUUUAGUGUUUCUUUUCUUAGUUCAUUCAAAUUAUUAUUGAUUUAUUUUGUUGUUUAAAAAACUUUCUAUGAGAGCUGAAUAUACAGCGCAGGUAGCUUCUUUAAAAGACUGCCUUUCAGCCUGUGAGGCUUCAAUGUAUCUUACACUGAUGCUCGCCAUAGUGGGGUGGCUCUUUAGGAGCGGCUUCUGUGCCGAUCUCUACUUCCUACCUUCAGUGGAAGCCAAACAGCUAUGUAUCCGCCUUUUUCUCAGAGAUCUUGGGACUUUCCUCUGAUGCCCCAUCCUACUAUUGCGUCCUUAUUAAAGGUCUAGUGGGGUGAUAUUUUAUUUUUAAGGAUUGUAUAAAGCUCAGAAAGUGGCCAACAGCAGAUAUCAAGAUCAUACAGCUAUAUGGUUUGGUUGUAAAGGGCUUAAUCAAUGGGAAGCUGUUAAUAUGAGUAUCUGUAUUGAUGUUUGAAGGAGUACAUCUCAGAAUGAAGUAGAGGUAGUCACAUUUUUGUAAACAAAAUCUUUGAAUUGAGCUUUUGCCGUAGUCUGCAACCCACUAGACCUUUAAUAAUAAAAAAUGUUACUAUUUGUGUGUAUGUUUGUUCGUGUUCAAAAGUGCCGGAGGAAAUUCUAUCCCCUGUGUGUCUUGUGAUUGCCAGAGGAGAUUUCUUCCCUCGUCGCAGCUCUGUGAUGUUGACAUGACACACAGACAAGCGCACGAACACACACACACAUACACUUACAGUACGCGUAUCACAUCUGCUGUUCCUGGGCACGUCCAUGGGAAAGAAACUUCCGAAAAGGAAAAGCACUCGGGAAGUACAGGGGACCUGCACUCUUUUCCCUGGACGCCCGCCAUGACCCGUAAGUCUGUGUACAUGUGACCAGUUCCUUCACAGAGCCUGACCUCAAGGAGCGCCUGACUCUUGCGUCCAGUCCAGUCCCACGUCCAUGGUGGUGAGUAAAGAGUGACGAACACUGAAGGAGAUGAGCAUGAAGACGAUCGCAAUGUUCAUCUGUGUGUUCAUCCUUUACCGCUGUUAAAGCCACCACAGUGAACUUAACAAUCCGCGAGACGACUGGAGUUCUGUCUCACGUCCCCCGAUGAAGUCAUGUGAGGCGCAUCAGGAAGGAAGGGGUUAACGAGAUCUGCGCUCAGGAUGUUGGCGAGGUCCGAAGUGUGCGCCAGAUGGCUGACGUUUAGCGUCACGUGACCUCACGUGGGUUGCUAAGCAUGUACAUCCCCUACCGGCCAAUAUACAAGAUCGCAACAAUUUCGCUUGAGGUCGAGGAUUAGGCGAAGCACUUGAGGUUGAAGACAAUGUUAUAAGAGUCGUAGACGAGGGUCCACACUAAGGUGCUAGAGCAGCAAACCCACCAUGUGCAGGACGAGUUCAAGUUUUUAGAAGAUUGCUCUGUGAAUGAGCCUGUACAGUCUGUUUUCAGGUGUGAGUUCUGCGGGUGUCCCGUAGCGAGGACAUAGUUGAGGGCUAUCGCUGCUGUCAUCCAUAACGACGGUCUGCACACAACAGUACGACCACCGCAGGGCAUGUCGGGUCUGUCAGAGAGACCAGCAUGCUACAAAGUCGCUGUCUUUAUGCUGUUCAAAUCCAUCGCUUUGUUCAUCACGGGUUUCGCCGUGCCUUGGUGGGCCCAGAACUACAGCCACGACGAUGGCAUCAUCAACAGCCACAGCGGGCUCUGGCUGGGCUGCACGCAAGACGGUUGUUCAGCCAUUUCCGGGCAGCCAGAUUGGUUCAAGGCCGUACAAGCUCUGCAGAGUCUGGGACUGGCGGGGAUGUUAUUGUCGUGUGUCUACACAGCUUACAUCGCACUGUGUAGGACAAAGUACACACACACGCGUGUUAUUGAAGUCACGUCGGGUGUCGGCGGUGUCCUUGGCCUCAUCAGCUGCCUUAUCUACAUCGUUAAUACUUCGCCCAUCUUAAAACGCAGCCCAGAGCUCGGUUACUCCUGGGGCUUUGGCCUUGACCUCGCGGGAAGCAUUUUGGUGGUUCUCGUGGCCCUUAUCAUCGCCGUCUCUAACUCCAGAAAAACCACCGAAGACAGUGACCGCCGCUUCUACUACUACUACGACCACCACCGAAGCCGUGGGCGUCUGACGGACCUGGACGCUGAUGGGUACGGUGAUGAUGGGGUUGAUGAUUCUGCUCGUGGACACAACGGUCUCUCAUCUAGGAACAGAAGAGGGGCAGAACCACCAGAGUCUACCACCGAGGUCUACGUUGUGCAAACCAACUGCCCCUCCCAUGUGGUAUCUACCCGAUCCCCCACAAGUGGCCGAACCCGGCGAAACGCCUGCUCUUCUCCGACGCAGCGUGCGAGUCCUGACCCCAACACGAGGAGGCACACGAUGCAAGCGGGAUCGCACUUCCCAGUUAUGCGCAUGCGCUGCAGGAAGCUAGUUGCCCAGCGGCGGCUACUCCUCCUCCUCCAUAUACUCCGCCUCUAGAGAGCUCUCCACGCAGCGCGCACCCGUGUCGGUGUCACGGCCGCACGUGGGGUGGAGAAGCUCCGAAUGUGGACACUCUGCGACAGCGCAGUGCUGGAAAUCAUGUCCAGAACCACGUGACUUCCCAGGACGUGAACCGUCUGGAGACCAACUGCACCAUCAGAACGGUGAGGCUUUACAAGAUACCGGUCUCUUCGACCGGUGGUGAACCACGUAAACCGUCAGCCGUGUGCCCACCUGCACUUGGAGCAGCAUUUCCAGGACUUGGGGAGGGGCCAACCUCUGCACGAUGUCCACGCCAGUGCUCCUCCACCCGAGGAAUGCUGUGCGCGUGUCCCAGAUUCGGUGGCCAUAGCCCAGUGAUGCUACCUACCAACAUGAGAGGCAAGCAUGGUUCACGAUGCAGAAUGUCAGACACCUCUGUUUCAAGUGCUAAAAAUAUGACAGUCGAGCGCCGAAACAUAAUACAUGUAUGAACCAAUAAAACACAAAUUUAAAACAACGGUUGGCCGAUUGAUAAACUAAUUGUCGACCCAACUGUUCACAGUAAGAAGAGCCAAAGAGCAUUUCGCGAUUCUUUACAAAUAAAUAUUUUUUACACAGUUACGCUCCAUUAUCUAGUGUGAAAUGUUGUAGGUCUUUGUGGCAUGUAAAGUGCAGUUAGAUGACAUUGGGUGCUAGAAGUCCCGUGCCAGUUCCCUGGGGUCAAAAAAAAGAGAAUUAUGUAACCAUUUAGAACUAGUCGUACAUACCUGCAUCUAUAGAGAAUAUUUUUCUCCGUGAGCUAUUGGUGCAAUAAAGCCAUACAGGCAAUCCCAAGAUUAGGGAACUCUGGUAAGAUAUAGGUAACAAAAGACAUGGUGUCAUCGUUAGCAUAAUGCUUCAUUUCUUUCCGCGAUGUGUACGGUGCAGAGAAAGUUCUAGCCUCAAUAGUCAAAACGAUAGCCGAGAGAACAGCAGGACUUGCCUCCCUGUAAAUGUUGGUUAACCGCAGACAAGUGAGGUGUGGGGUGGCGGUAAGCUUGCAAGAAUCGUAAGGUCGUCAGUUCACAUUUCGUCUCGGGACACACAGACUUACUUGAUCUUCAGGUCUUUAUGUGACUGGCUGUCGGGAGUUUUCUACGGAUACGUCAGUGAUCUUCCCAUUGUACACCCUUCCCCCCAAUAGUGCGAAAUAAUCAGGAGGUGUAAGCACUUUCCUAUCUAAUAAACCAACCGUGAGCGAGGUGAGAAAAAAGCGCAAAACUAGUUAAAUCAUGUUUAGGAAAAUAUAAGUAUUUACAGCUACAAAUCUCAUGUUAGGAAUAUCAGCAAACGGAUAGAACUACAGUUAGUCCCGUAGCUUUGGCCUGUCGAGGAGAGGCUGGAGACUCCCUUGAAAUUGCCUUCCUCACCCGCCACGGGUCAGGUACCCAAUCAAAAUCUGGGUCAACUGAAAGAAUAAUUUGCACAUGCGGGAAUCAAACCGAUACAAGUGUGGGAGUCUCCUUGAGCGGACCGGUGAGGCUUCGAACCGCCAACCAUUCAUUCAAAAGUGGAAGACACUAACCACCAAACGGUGCGCCUCUCGAUACUGUUAAUCACGCCCACUUCCAGUGUUAAGAGGACUUCACAAAGCUCAGACUGUGGACGAGCUCGAGCUUGCAUUCGGUCAUCAGUGGCCAGGGCUGGCAGUCUCAUCGCUAUUCACCCCGACUUUGCCCCGCGAGGGUGUCUGUUGACAAGAGACAAACACGUCAGUCUACGAUUGGAGGCUUGUAUUCAAGCUGGAGGGCGGGGUGGAAUGUUGCUAAUUCUCUGUUUAAAGUGAGAAGAGGGUAGCUGUGGGCAGACAACUCGCUGGCUGAGAGGUCGGCAAUGAGUGGGUAGUCCGGCAGUCGGCCAUGGACAACUUUCCAUGGUUGUUAUGUAUGCACGGAGAAGGCAAGCAUGCCACUGUCAACACUGUUUACCAGUCUUUACCGUUGACUCUAGAUAUGCUGCAGUUUAUAUACAUGUAUAUAAGAGCUGAUGUUUACUAAGCUGUGCCAAAGUCUAAUCUCUGAUUGCAUAAAGGAUUAUUAAGU